UAUGUCAAGAAACUUGUAUACACUGCAAAGAAUACGCUCGCCUGACAGGAUGGCUCGUGUUCUCAAGAAAAUCACACCGGACUUUACUGAAAUGCAGUCUGUUGAUUCCCUCAGAUAAGAACUAUGGCAGCGGCAGGUUGGGUCUGCUUGGUGACUGUUCUGCUGUCUCUGUCAUUUGUUGUGACGCGUGACCACCGUGGGGAGAUAGAUACCUUCCAUGUGAGUGCUGGCCAUUUCUUUUUGCUGAAUUGCUACACAGCAGAGGCUCAUGAUGUCGUGAUCUGGAGCAGAGGGGAGAGUAAAGACAAUCUGAGCCUGCCCACUGGAGUGGAAGUGAGGGACAGGUUACUUUGGUUUCUACCUGUCCAGAUGUCCCACAAUGGAUCUUACACCUGUCAGAUAAGGAAUCAGUCUGGAGUAUUAUUACGGAGGCUAAAGUUUUGGGUGUCAGUGUCUAGUGGAGAGUGUCCUUAUACCGUUGAGAGCAUUUCCAUCACAAAAGGAGUGAGCGACAGUCUUCCUUGUAAACAGAAAGAAAUCUUCGGCCUGAAUAGCGUGGUGAAUGUACGAUGGAUGAAGGAUUGCCAGCUCAUUCAGCGGCAAGGGAAACCCAUCUCUGUUGAUAUGAAAGGCAACAUGAGGCUUCCUCAAGCCUCAGAGGAGGACAAUGGGAAAUAUACCUGCCUGAUAGACAUUAACUUGGAUGGCAGGAAUUAUACCGCUUCACGCAGCAUCCUGUUGACUGUUAAAGAUGACCUCCCAGAAAAAGUUUUUGUAGAGCCACAGCUGGUGACCCCUGACAAGCAAGAGAUUACAGUUGAACUAGUUGUUUUUCAAGUCAAGAUGACAAUAAAGUCCUUUAAAACCUUUGCAAUGACUGACAGUUUCUUUGUUUUUUACUCUCACUGCCCACCAGGUUUGAGAGUGGAGCUGCAGUGUUUAGCAUUCAUAGGCUACAGUGAGGAUAACGAGUCUUCACUGCACUGGACUGUUGGCAAGGAUUACGCUGAGGACCUCGAGGAGAUUAGUGUGUCCCGGAAAACUAUUCAUAGAGAAGGCAAAGUAUACGAACUGGUCAUUCUGUCCAUCGCUAAAGUUCAUCGCAAGUUCCUGAAUUUUGAGUUCGAGUGCCAUUUAGAAAGCCUAGCGGGAGAACAAAUCAGUGUGGUGAAGCUUAAAGAAGCUGACCGCAGUUCUUUCCACAUGAGUUGGGCUGUUUGCCUUUCUGCAUCUCUGGCUGUUCUAGCCUUGGCUGCGUGCUUCUUCUUCUUUAAAGUAAACCUGAUAUUGGCUUACAGGGAUCUGUUGGCACAUUUUCCCAAACAACAAGUUCCAGAUGGGAAGCUCUAUGAUGCCUACGUGAGUUUCAUCCAUUCCAAUGCCAUGAGUUCAGAUGAGGGCGCGAGGUUUGCCAUGCAGAUCCUGCCUGAGAAACUGGAGGAACAAUAUGGCUACUCUCUGUUUAUCAGAGGACGGGAUGACUGUCCUGGUGAAGCAAUACACGAUGCAACAGCUGCUGCGAUGCACCAGUGCCGCAGACUGCUUAUCAUCUUAUCACCUGAGGCGAAAACGGAGGAAAGCACUUGCAUAUGUGACAAUCAAAGCCAAGUGUGGUAUGAGCAGAAAGUUGGCCUUCAUGAUGCUUUGACGAAGAAUGAUCCCAGAGUUAUCCUGGUGGAAAUUGAUGGUCCAGUGGAUUACAGUCACUUGCCAGAGUCUGUGCGUUAUAUCAAGAGGAAACAAGGAGCCCUGAAGUGGAAGAAAGAUUUUCUUGCGACACACAAAUUCACAGAAUUAUACUCAAAGAGAAACUUUUGGAUAAAUCUCAGGUACCACAUGCCCCCAGUACCUACAAGAAGGCUCCAAACUAUUGUCUAAACAAUAUCUUAAAGUUUUAUUGAUGGGAUUCAUCCAUCAGGCCUGUUUCUUGGAACACUUGACAAAUGGAAACUUUACGUGCUUACAGCUGUCGUCACCUGUAUUUUUAAGACUCACUAGGACUACAAUAAGCAAGCCCAUAUAUUCUUCUGCACAAUGAAUUUCACAACAUGUGCAACAAGGAUGGAGGCAUCUGCUGGACUUUUCUAUUGGUGCAUGUUUGCUAUUACUUCCUUCAUAAGUGAUAGCAAUACAUUUUUUCUACAUUUGAAUUGUAUUUUUUUAUGCACUUAUAAUAUAUCAUCAGGCAUGCUAGCAACUUUUAAAAUUGCACCUUUCCUUUAUAGAAGGGCUGUGUACAUACAUAUGUGUACAUAUUUGAAAGGAUAAUUAUUUUUUAUGUUGACAGCAUUGCUUAUUUUUAUACUGAAUGAUAGAUUUUUGAAUGAUACAUAUUUAUAUUCUGUUAUUUAAGUAUUUGUGACUGAGUAUAAAUGUUUAAGUAUUAUAUAUUUUGUAUUCUUUUUUUCCAAGUUUCCCUUCCAAGUAUGGCUUACUGAUUGUGUCUCUUCAUCACAUCAGUUUACUCAGAGGAAAAGAUUUAAACUUAUUCAGUAGAAUAGUUUGAGGCAAUGGCAUUCCAUCAAGACAAGCACCUAGUCAAAUUCAAAAUUAGACAUUAAUUAAAACAUAGCAAGAGGAAGCGAUAUCUCUACUUUCGUGUCAAACAGUGCUCUGUCAUGAUGCGCGUCGCCUGUUUGCAUUCAUCCCUACAUCACUAGAAUAUUCUGGAUGCUACUGGGUAUAAUUGUUGAAAGCUGCACUUGCCUGGGAUCUCAAUGGAAACAGUAGCGUGUCUCUGUUUUAUGGGCAUGUCUGUGUCCCAUGAACGAUAGCUGGAGCUUGUCAAGCCAAGAGUCCAGCAGCUUUUUCUGACUGAUUUUGCAUGUUCAUUGUGUAUAAAGUCCAGUCUUUAAUGGGAGACUGAUAGAAUAUUAGUGCACUAGACAAGAUGCUUCACUGCUGUCAGAUCAAGUAACAGCUUUGCUUUGUGUGGAAACACAGCUAGCAUUAGCAACUAGAGUCUUCUGU